CAAGGGCUCUGGUGGGUUGUGCGUGCGGGCUCUGCGUCUGUGAGUGCCGUGCAGUUUUCCAGGUUUAUGGAUUCGCUGACUUUGGAAAAUGUACGUCUCACUAGUGGUCCUGGUCCUGACUAAAGCUCUGAUUGCAGGGGUUUGUCAGGCUCUGAAUGUGACUGUGAUUCCGAGGCCUAUUGUCAUGGCAACAGAGAAAGACAACUUGACCGUGUCCUGCCUGGUAUCUCAGCGAAAGAGGAGUACCAGUGUACUGAUUCUCCGAUGGUUCUAUUCCCCUCUGGCGGACCUCACCACCCCCACCCCCUCUGCUUCUGCGACUCCCUCACCUCCCGAGCACCAGGCCUCUCAGUUCCUCAUUGUCAAGAUGGGCAUUAAAAAAAUAAAGAUGUAUGGGAACUACACACGCAGAUUCCCACAGCCAAAGUUCCGGCUGCACGAGGAAGCCGUGGGAGAAGUGUACCGGCUACGAAUAGUCAACGUGGAACGGAUGGAUCAGGGAUUCUACACUUGCCGGGUUCAAGAGAUCCGAAAACACAGAAACACUUGGAGAGCAGCGUCGAACGGCACCAGCACCACACAACUUAUAGUGCACUUUACCCCUGAUGCCGGUCGCAGCGAGGGGCUGCUGCGUCUCUUAGCAGAUGUCUACGUGUGUGCCGUGCUGAUCUGCUCUCUGGGCUUGUUGUCCAUCUUCCUCUUCACGCUGGUCUUCACCUGUCAGUACUUCUACAGACGACAUAUGCUGAAAGCCAAAUAUCUUCUGGUCAAGUGUCCAGAAAGCAGCUCAGGGGAGACGGUCACCAGCUCCAGUAGCUCCUCCGGCUCUUCUCCGAGGCCACAGAGGAGGGACAGCGAGAAGAAACCAGAGAGAGUAGCACUGAAGCCCCCGAAAUUACCAGAUGAGCCGCCACCGACACACAUCCCGGCCAAAGUGCCUGCUGCUGCGAAGAGACCUCAGAAGCCCAAAAGGCUAAAGAGAAGCGCCGUGUCUCAGGUAAAACAAGAGGAGAGUCUGACCUACGCAGAGCUGGAGCUGGUCCGACCCAGACUGGAACCCCUGUCGUCCUCCGCCAUCCCCGACCCCUCGCCCUCCAGCCCCGACACCAUAUACGCUCAGAUCCUUUUUCAGGAGAAACAGCUAUGAAGCAGCACGUGUUGAUCACGUGAUCUCCUCUCCUCCCAGUUUGUAACCUCACUGACUAUAUUUAUGAACAAUACAUCAUUAUAUUACACAACAAACGACUCCAAGUCGGUCGAUCUCAGUCUGUUGACAACACCAGCCUGUGAGCCGCACGCUCAGGACUGUUCAUAUUUCUCUCGUAACUCAGGAGGCAAAAUUCCACUCUAGUUUCAGGCGCUUUCUUUUCUUCUGUGGUUCUGAAGAUGAUGUCAUCAUCAGCUUGUAAAUAUAAGUACAUUUUAA